CUCUGAGCGAGUGAGUGGCGAGCAGACUAGCUCAGCUGUGCUGGUUAGAGGCUGACAAUCGAGAAGCUGGUUGUUGGCCACCUCAAUCCUCAAGAUCUCAUAAACUCAUAAACCAAGCCAAGUCAAGUCAAGUCAAACCCAACCCAUCGCCUCAACUCGACUCUCUACUAACAUACACCCACACUACCUCUUCAGUAUAAUCAAAUACUGCAUCACCAUGGAUUGCUCUAGUAGAUCGUACAGCUCUAGCGAUAACAGCAGUGAGCGGUUAUCCUUUCUGUUGGAACAAGCCGCUGGUCUGAACGAAGAUGGGGUAUAUGAACUUUCCAGUGGGAAACCGCAGGAAGCCAUUCCCCUGUUCCAAGAGGCCUGGGAGUCUCUCAUGGAAGUUGCAGGUGCUACUGGUUCUACAUGUACUAGUAGUAUUGUUGGUACCGAUUGUAGUACGGCCGCCACAACAACUCGUAUUCAGAUUCCGCACUUGGAAGACGACGUCUUUUACAUUUAUUCCUGUGCGGUUGCCUACUCUGCUUCUACCUCCACAACACCAGUCAACACCACCAGCAAGGAUGUCCAAUUUGAAUGCGCCAUUGUCUUGUUCAAUCUAGCUCUGGCUUUCCACCAGCAAGGCAAAAAGACGAAAAAAGAAGGAUUUUUGCGUCGUGCAUUGCAGUACUACCAGCAGUGCCAACAAUCUCUGCAGCAGGUUCUCACUACUAAUACUACAUGUACAGCUCAUGAUGAACUCAUCCUACUCACUCUGGCAGUCAUGAACAACCAGGCCAGUAUUGAGUAUGAACUUCCCAUUCCCACCACCACUAACACCACCAGUGCUGCUAACAAUGACAACUCGGAGAAACUAUGGCACUAUUCCAUCCAUGCGAUUCUAGAUGAAGAAACUACCAACUUUAGCAUGGUAGAACAAUCACAGAUCCACGAGUUCGUGCAAAAUGCAAUGGUCUUUCGAUUGCAACGACCUUGUGCUGCUCCUACUGCAUAAAACUACUCUACCCAAAACUAGUAACCAAACCAAACUCACAGUACAAACCAAACACUGACUAAGUGACAUCAACUGAACAUAUUGAACAUACCAACCAAACACUACACUACGAAACCUGCAAAUACGCUCCGAGAUCGCCAAGACCACUUCUGUACAUACCAUAGAAAACAAACUUGUAAAUACUGAUCUUUUCUAAAAAAGGACAACUUCUUUUUCUUUCACUUGUAGUACUAAUUCCAUAUUAUCCUGAAGUCAAAUAGA